UCCCUGGGGGAGGCUGAUGCGGUACUCGAUCCCAGGACCCCGGGGUCACACCCUGGGCCAAAGGCAGCGCUCAACUGCUGAGUCACCCAAGUGUCCCUUGUGUCUUUAUUCAGCAGGAAUUAACAUCUGAGGUAAUCCCACAAGCACCUGGGGCUGAGGACACUGCCCUAUAAAGGAAGUUUUUGAGCCGGUCUCUCCUGGGAUCUCUACAAGGUCCAACACACCCUCCUGUCGCUUUCUGAGGGGUUUCCACACUGUGGAGGAUGAUUUCGGGCCCUACCGUCCCACAGAACCGGGAGGCCCGGGCCCCAGGGGUCAGGCACCAGGCCGGCUUCCACCCGUUACCCUCCAAGUCCUGCAGGUGGCAGCUGGACACCAGGCUGAGGACCAACCGAGGUGAGCAGAGCGCAUUGGGGCGGUCACCGACCACCAUCCAGGGCACCCCGCUGCAGGGGAGGGGAGGGGAGAGGAGGGCCGCCGAGCCUCUACCCCCUCUUACCUGGCGCAUCCCAAGGGCCUCAAGUGCAAGGUCAUGGCACCGAGACAGGUGCCCCCUGGGGGCCCCGAGUGGAUGGGCCGCUGGGCCCUGGCUCCGCUUGCCGUGUCCUUUCUGGGGACCCUUCCUGGGCCGGGGAGCCGUGCGCAGUGGCACAGGCCUGGGCAGGUGCCCGCUGGUAUCACUAUCUGCAGGCCUGGGGCUGCCACUGCUCCCAUGGGCCCCUCCCGGCGGCAACGUUCGCGACCUUGUCUCUCGCGCGCACAUGCACCUGGAUCAUCCCCUGGACAUGGGGCUCCCAGGAACCGGGGUGCCCCAGUGCACAGGCAGGUGGGCACCAGGUGGACGGAGGGGGCCGUCGCCCACGGAAAGCGGGUCACAGCGCCCAGGCCCAGGCGGGCAGCCUGGAGCCGCAGCACCACGGCCUCACCUGUACCGGCAGCAACCCCCCCCACGGGCCUUACCUGUGCCUGCAUCACCCCACCCCCCCAAGGCAGCCUGCGGAGGCCGCAGAAGAGCAGAGGGCACCAGGGAAGAGUGUCCAUCAGCCAAGGCCCUGGUCCCCUCCCCGGGGACAGAUGGCCCCAAGAGCAGGUCCCCCUCCCUGGGACACCUCUUCCCAGACUCAGCCAAGAGCCCCAGGAGGCCUCCCGGGGCCUCUGUCAUCAAGAGGCAGAGGAGGGGACACAGGCCACGGGGUCACCUUGCCGACAUCGCUCCGCCCGCAUCCCCGGGGUAGGGGUGGCCCAGGACCUGGCUGGGCCGCCUCGGAUCACCGCCGCAGGGCCCCUGCUGCUGGCCCGGCCUGGGGGUAUUCCACUAGCACUCGGUCAUCUCCGGCUGCUCCAUCCUUGCUGGCGAAGCAGAGCUGGAGGCUGCAGCCCACGCCCAUGCCCGCGCCCUUCAGCGUCUGGUGGACUGGCUCUGGGCGAGGACCAGGCUGUGCUGCCAGCCCAGGGAGGCUGUCAGCGCCCUGGCUCCCCCCUUCCGUCGGCCGUCCGCACCCCGGCUGCCUGGGCCCGGCCGCACGCGGAAGAGGGCUCUUACCAAAAAGGCACGCACCCCAAAACGUGAACCGUCGGGGGCAGGACCCGAUGUGGGUUCGGCCUGGCUCCACCGUGACUGCCUCCGAGCCCAGGCGACAGUCUGUACUGCUCACCGCCAGCCCGGCCCGGUCAGCUCGUCCUGCAGCCAAGCCUGCAGAGGUCAGCAGGAG